AUGGCUCCCAGUUUACAGUCACUUCCAGAGGAUCAAAAACCACAGCUAAAAUGCUUGAAAAUAACUAAGAUCAGGAAACCAAUUAUUGAAAAGAUGAGGAGAGAUCGUAUUAAUAGCUGCAUUGGACAGCUUAAGUUGCUGUUAGAAAAGGACAUCCAACUUCAACACCCUCACUCCAAAUUGGAAAAGGCAGAUAUACUAGAAAUGGCCGUGAACUACUUACAGCAGCAGAGACAGCAACAGAUAUGCAGUACAAAAUUCCUACAGGAUGAUGGAAAGGAGUCUUACUAUCAAGGCUACUACAUGUGUCUCAAGGAAAUGGUUGGCUUUUUGCAUAAUCACGAACAUAACAAUAUUUCACAAGCAACAAUGUUGAAAAAUUUCUGCAGAGACCAAGCUUUUACCAAAAAUGUAUCUCAACAAAGAUUCUCAAAUCAAGGCCAAAAAUGUGAAAUGUGGAGGCCAUGGUAG